GGGAGAGGGAGAAAAGCCGUUGAGUGAGUGGGGCGGGAGGGAGCUCCGUCCAGCAGCUACUUUUCACCCCACUGGCCCAGUGAGAACGUCACCUGUGCUUCCGGGAAAUGAGCCAAAGACCCUCUCAGGUGGCCCCGGAGGCCCGGCGGGUGCCAAGGGCACCAAAGAACAUGCGGGAGGUGGGGGUGGAGACGGAGUCUGAGGCGGAGCCGGAGUUGGAGCUGCCCGACGCUGCAAGCCCCACAUCCCAGGAGGAGGAACAGCCAGCGAGCUUGCCCUCAGAGCAGUCCUCACCAUCGAAAAAGCAUAAGGGCAAGCCAUCCUCGCGGGAGCCGGGGCGCCGCUGCAACACGGACUGCCUGGAUGCGCGGCUGUCCCGCGCCUUCGGGUGGCUGGGCUGGGCGGUGGGCACGCACCCCUGGUACUUCCUGCUGGUGCCCAUGAUGCUGGCGGCCACGCUCGGCACCGGCCUGAUCUACCUGCCCAAGGACGGAGACGAAGACCUCGAGGAGCAGUACACCCCGAUAGGGGGCCCCGCCAAGGCCGAGCGGCGCUUCGUGCAGGCUCACUUCACCACCAACGACACCUACCGCUUCUCCGCCACCAGGAUGAGCACCGAGGUCAAUUUCGCCUCCGUCCUGGUGGUCAGCGACACCGACUCGCUGCUGAAAGAAGACACCUUUAUAGACGUGAGUAGACUGGACCACAUGGUGCAGUCUCUGUCUGUGGAAGAGGUUGACGGAACCGAGAUCACCUACCCGCAGGUGUGCGCCAGGUACAAGGCCUACUGCGUGCCCUCCAACCCGCUCAUGUACACCUGGCAGCAGAACAGAUUGCUGAACCUCAAAAACCUCACCUUCCCCAUAAUGACAUACAAAGACCAGCCUAUCUACCUGAGCGGCUUCUUUGGGGGAAACGUCUUGGGUGAGCACAUGGGAGGGAACCGGUUGCUCCUGCGGAGCAAAGCCCUGCGGCUGCUGUACUACCUGAAGACCGAGCGCCCGGAGGACAGCCUGCAGAGCAAGCAGUGGCUGAACCAGUUCCUGAACCAGUUCAACAACAUCAGCAACGGUCUGAACUUGAAGAAUGUCCAGGUGGUCUACUUUACAUCACUCUCUAGAAAACUGGAAUUUGAGUCAACUUCUAGGACAGUGAUCCCUUUGUUUCACUGGGCAUACUUUCUCAUCGUAGUAUUUGCGACCAUAUCAUGCUACAGGUUGGACUGUGUACGAAACAAAAUGUGGGUUGCAGUCUUUGGAGUGAUUUGUACUUUCUUGGCAGUGGUGAGCGGCUUUGGCCUCCUGCUGCACGUGGGGAUGCCGUUCGUGAUGAUAGUUGCAAAUUCACCGUUUCUUAUUCUAGGUGUUGGAGUUGAUAACAUGUUUAUCAUGGUUGCUGCCUGGCAGAAGACCAGACUCGCAGAAAGCAUACAAGAGCGGAUGUCCAACGUCUAUUCAAAGGUGGCAGUGUCCAUUACAAUCACCACACUCACCAACGUCCUGGCUUUCUAUACAGGGACUAUGAGCUCUUUCAGGUCCGUACAGUACUUUUGCAUCUAUACAGGAACAACCCUGUUAUUUAGUUAUAUGUAUAACAUCACUUGUUUUGGAGCAUUUAUGGCCCUAGAUGGUAAAAGAGAAGUACUCUGCCUACGCUGGGUGAAAAAGCCAGAGACUCGUGACCAAAAAUGUUCCUCAUUAAAAAAGUUCUGUUUCCCAUUUGGUUCUGUCGUAGAUGAACAGGGAACUGACAUCCAUCCAAUGAAUGCAUUCUUUAGAGACUAUUUUGGUCCUUUGAUCACAAAUACUCAGUCCAAGGUUUUUGUAGUGGUGCUAUACUUUUUGUACAUUGUCAGUAGUAUAUAUGGGUGUUUCCGAGUACAGGAGGGUUUAGACCUUCGAAGUCUGGCAAGUGAUGAUUCCUACAUCACACCAUAUUUUAAUGUAGAGGAAGAUUAUUUUUCAGACUAUGGUCCCAGGGUUAUGGUUGUCAUUACUAAAAGUAUUGACUACUGGAAUGAAGAAGUUAGGCAAAAAUUGGAAAAAUGUAUGAUAGAUUUUGAAAAAAAUCACUAUGUAGAUGCAAGUCUUACAGAGUUUUGGUUACGAGCUUAUGUGCAAUACAUGAAAGGUAGCGGACAAGAUCCUAAUGAUAAGAAUACUUUUUUAAAUGGUAUUUCUGUUUUUGUAAACUAUCUUCCAGUUUUUAUGCAUGAUAUUAAUAUUUCAUCAUCACAUGAAAUCAUUAGUUCCCGGGGCUUCAUUCAGACUGCGCAUAUUUCUACCUCAACCAGUAAGAAGAUGAUGUUAAUCCAAUUACGAAGCAUAGCCGAAAAGUGCGAAAUUCCCCUACUAGUGUUUAACCAGGCAUUCAUAUAUUUUGAUCAGUUUGCCGCAAUAUUAGAAAAUACUGUUCGAAAUGUCAUGGUUGCAUCAGCAGCUAUGUUCAUUGUUUCCUUAUUGUUAAUUCCUCAUCCAAUGUGUUCCUUGUGGGUAACUUUUGCUAUUGCUUCUGUGAUUGUGGGAGUAACGGGUUUCAUGGCAUUCUGGAAUGUCAAUCUUGAUUCCAUAUCCAUGAUUAAUCUCGUCAUUUGUAUAGGGUUUUCUUUCGAUUUUUCUGCACACAUUUCCUAUGCAUUUGUUUCCAGUUCUCACCCCUCAGUAAACGAAAAAUCAAUUCAAGCCUUACAUGAGCUAGGCUACCCAGUGUUACAAAGUGCAGUUUCAACAAUAAUAGGGGUGUCUGUUUUAUCUACAGCUGAAGCGUACGUCUUCAGGAUAUUUUUUAAGAUUAUGUUUCUUGUUAUGUUAUUUGGGGCUGCUCAUGGCCUAAUUUUUAUUCCAGUAUUCUUAACCCUUUUUCCACGUUUUAUUUGAAUAUCCGCUAACAAAUCAAAGAUGAAUUAUAGAAUUCCUGAUUGCCCCAAUCCUAUCUGAUUAAAAAAAUGCACUAUUAAGAAUAGUCAAUAAACUUAAAACAAAUGCAUGUUUCCUUGACUUGGAAAUUUCAUUUUAAAAUGUUAUUUAAAAUAUCCUGAGAAAAAUUAAUUAGUCUUAUAUUAAAAUAUCUUUACUGUACCCAUAUCCAUAAAUGUUUAUAUAGAUGUUCCCUGACUUACACUGGUUCAACUUAUAAUUUUUUGACUUUAUGAUGGUGUGAAAGUGAUACUCAUUCAGUAGAAACCAUACUUCGAAUGUUGAAUUUUGAUCUUUUCCAGGCUAGUGAUAUGUGGUACGCUAUUCUCUCGUGAUACUUGGCAGUGGCCGCAGCAGCAAGCCACAGCUUCUAGUCAGCCGUGGGAUCAUGAGUAAACAGCCCAUACACAAUACACUCUACAGUGUAUUGUAUUCCACAAAUUACAUGAGAUAUUUGACACUAUUUUAAAAUAGGCUUUGUGUUAGAUGAUUUUUCCAACUAUAGGCUAAUGUAAGUGCCCUGAGUACGUUUCAAGUAAGCUAAACUAACCUAUGAUGGUUAAGUAUAUUAAUGCAUUUCAGGUUAGAAUAUUAUCAGUUUUGAAUGGGGUUAUCAUUGAGGAUGCAACCCCAUUGUUAAGUCAAGGAGCAUCUGUAUGGGUGCUCAUUAUCAUUCAUUGCAAAACAAAUUUCUCUUUCUUUUGUCAUUUCUUCUUUGACCCAUGGAUCAAACAAUGCCUUUAUUUUCUCCUCAUUUUUAAAGAAAACUUUAACUGUAUAUAGAAUUCUAGGUGGAAAAGGUUUUGUUCUUUCAGCACUUGAAAGAUGUCAUUGCAUUGUCUUCCUGAUACAAUGCUUUCAUUAGAAUUCAGCCCAAUUCUUACAUUCUUCCUCUCUAUAUAAUAUGCCUUUUUUUCUUUAGCUAUUUUUAAGAUUUUCACUUUAUUAUUGAUUUUCAGCAAUUUGACUAUUAUGUUUUUUCUAUGUAACCUUCAAUGUAUUUGAGCUGUAGGAUCUGUGGCUUGAUAAUUUCCAUCACAUUUGGAAAUAUUUUGGCCUUUAUUUCUUCCAGUGUUUCUCUGCUACAUUCUCUCUCUCCUCUCCUUCUGGGACUCAAUUACAAAUAUGUUCUUGUUGUUUUAGUUGGUUCAUAAAAUUGUAAUAUUCUUACAAGUUUGCGUUAUUAAUAAAUUUGAAUAGUUGACACCUUCUAUUGAAA